AUGUCUCUUUCCACCGUAGCAGCAGCCAUCGCGGGCGGGCUCGCGACCGCGGCGUAUCUCGACGCCAAAUUUCUUAUCCGGCAUGACCUGGCCGCGGGGUCUCUGGCGGCCGGCCAGAAAAAGGCCCUGGCCUUCACGAUGGAGCGGGUCGAGCAGAACCGCAUGCUGAUGUACCAUGUCUUCGAGGACCAAGCGACGGGCAAGAAUGGUGACCAACUGUUCCUGAUGUUCGAGGGCCGGGAGUGGACGUACAAGCAGUUCUUCACGCAGAUACACAAGGUGGCCAACUGGCUAAGGAACGACCUGGGCAUUAAACCGCAAGAAAUCGUGGCCCUCGACGGCGGGAACAGCCCGGAGUUUUUGAUGCUGUGGUUCGGACUGGAGGCUAUCCGCGCUUGUCCUGCGUUUAUCAACUGCAACUUGACGGCCGGCCCGUUGACGCAUUCGGUCAAGCUGAGCGACGCGCGAUACCUGCUUGCCGACCGCUCCACCACGGACCUCGUGCGGCCGUGUGAGGACGAUUUGCGGUCCGCAGGCGUGACGACACUUUACUACGACGAGGCCUUCAUCUCGGGUCUCACAGACACGACACCCGUGCCUAAGUCCUUGCACAAGGGCAUCUCGCCCGCUGAACUGGGCGGGCUGAUCUACACGUCCGGAACGACGGGUCUGCCCAAGGGCGUCAUCAUGCUGCGUGGACGUGAACUCAACACGGCUCGCAGCGUGGCCGAAUACCUCAAACUCAAGCCAGGAAACAGAAUGUAUACGUGUCUACCCUUGUAUCACGGCGCCGCCCACGGUCUGUGCGUUACGCCGUCCAUCUUCGCCGGGUCGGCCGUCGUGCUGUCGCGCAAAUUUUCCCACAAGACGCUCUGGCCCGAGGUGCGGGCCUCCAAGGCCGACAUUCUGCAAUACGUCGGCGAACUGUGUCGGUACCUGAUCAACGCGCCGCCGUCGCCGCUGGACAAGCAACAUAACAUCAAAAUGGCAUGGGGCAACGGCAUGCGGCCAGACGUGUGGGAGACAUUCCGCCAACGGUUCGGCAUCGAGAUCAUCAACGAACUCUACGCCGCGACGGACGGCAUGGGCGCCACCUUCAACGCCAACCGCGGCGAGUUUGGCAAAAACGCCGUCGGCAUGCGCGGCCUCUACUGGCACUGGGCCAACGGGGCCAACGAAAAAAGAGUCCGCAUCGACAUUGACACGGAAGAGAUUCUGCGCAACGACCAAGGGUUCGCCAUCGAAUGCAAGACGGGCGAGCCCGGCGAGGUGGUCCACCGCAUGGACCCGGCCACCGUGGACACCGUGUUUGCGGGGUACUACAAGAACAAAGGCGCGGGCCAGAAACGGUUCAUCCGCGACCUUUUUGCGCCCGGCGACCUGUGGUUCCGCUCGGGCGACAUGAUGCGCCAGGACAGUGACGGGUGCGUCUACUUUGUCGACCGCCUGGGCGAUACCUUCCGCUGGCGCAGCGAGAACGUGUCCACCAACGAGGUCUCGGACGUGCUGGGCCGGUUCGACCAGAUCGCAGAGGCGAACGUCUAUGGCGUGCAGGUGCCCCACGCGGACGGGCGGGCGGGCUGUGCGGCGAUUGUUCCCGCCUCGUCCGAACAGCUCGACUUUGCCAGGCUGGCCGACUACCUGCUCUCGACACUGCCGCGGUAUGCGGUGCCCAUCUUUUUGCGCGUGGUUCCGCAGCUCGAAUAUACGGGUACGAUGAAGCUGCAGAAGGGUCGGCUACGGAGCGAGGGCGUCGACCUGGAUAAGAUCGAGAAAUCCGCGCCCGCGGAUAGGAUGUACUGGCUGCCCCCGAACGGGACCAAGUAUGAGGUCUUCGGCAGGAAGGAGUGGGAAGAGCUCAAGGCCGGGAAGGUGAGGUUAUAG